UAUUUUCUUUUCUACCAAACAAAACCGAGCUUGUCAAAUAUGGCUUCUACUUCAUCUUUAGCCAUCUCCUGUAAAACUACCUAUGAUGUUUUCCUUAGCUUUAGGGGAAUUGAAACUCAUCACAAUUUUACUAGUCAUCUUUGUGCUGCCCUUUGCCGGAAAAAUAUUACAACAUUCAUAGACGAUGUUCUUGAAAGAGGAGAAGGGAUCUCGCCAGCCCUCAUGAAAGCGAUUGAAGAAUCCAAGAUUUCUGUAGUAAUUUUCUCAGAAAAUUAUGCAUCCUCUCGGUGGUGCCUAGAUGAACUAGUGAAGAUAAUUGACUGCGAGAAAAAAUUAGGGCGAAAGGUUUUACCCAUUUUCUACCGUGUAAAUCCUUCCGAUGUUAGAAAACAGACUGGGAAAUUUGGAGAAGCAUUUGGGAAAGUCAAAGAAAAUUCAAAGCACAGCUUAGACGUUGUGGAGAAGUGGCGCACUGCUUUGAUGGAAGCAGGCAAUCUAUCUGGAUGGGUUUCCAGCGACUCCAGGCCUGAAUCCCAACUAUGUGAAGAAGUCGCUGAUCACAUUCUGAAGAAAUUGUAUCCCAUCUCGUUUACUGCUUCUACUGGCUUAGUUGGGAUUGAUUCACAUGUUGAUAAAAUUAUGUCAUUGUUAUGUAUUGAGCCAACAAACAUUCGGGUAAUUGGAAUUUGGGGAAUGGGUGGUAUUGGAAAGACCACCAUAGCUGAAAUUCUAUUUAGUCGAAUAUGUAAUCAAUUUGAUUGCUUUUGCUUUCUUCGCAAUGUUAGGGAAAAAUCAGAAAAAUAUGGGCUAGUUGAUUUAAGAAAAAGCUUUUUUUCGGAACUCUUGGCGAUUGAAAUUAGAAAUAUAGAAAUGGUCAGUGUGGUACCCACUUUCAUUAAGGAUUCACUUAAUAGGAAGAAAGUUCUAGCUGUUCUUGAUGAUAUUAAUGAUCCAGAGCAACUAGAAGCUUUAGCUAUAAAUGAUGAUGAUUGUUUUGGGCUGGGAAGUAGAAUCAUUUUAGUAAGUAGAGACAAACAAGUCCUUAGCAGUGCUGAAGAAGUAUAUGAGGUUAAGGGAAUGAAUUAUGGUGAUGCUCAUCAGCUGUUAAGUAUGAAAGCCUUCAAACAAAAGCAUCCUCCGGUGGAAUACAUGGAGUUGUGUCAAAGGGUACAAACUUAUUGUAAAGGUGUUCCAUUAGCUCUCAAAGUUUUGGGUUCCUAUUUGUGCAAAAAGACUCCUGAAGAAUGGGAAAGUGCAUUGACUAAACUGAAGAGAUUUCCUGACUGCAAGAUUAUGAAAGUCUUAGAAAUAAGUUAUAAUGAUUUAGAUGAAAUGGAGAAGAAAAUAUUUUUAUAUAUUGCUUGUUUCUUCAAUAGAGAUCACAAAAGCAUGGUAGAAGAUAUACUUGGUUGUGAUUUUCAUACACAUUGGGGAAUAAUUCGUCUAAUGGAUAGGUGUCUCGGUAACUAUUGUGGAUGACAUGUUAGAGAUGCACGAUCUGAUAGCGGAAAUGGGUCAAGAUAUUGCUCGGCGGAAGGGUAUCAUAUUAUGCAAUUCUAAUGACAUCUGUGAUAUGUUGACCUCAACUAAUAUUAAG